AGGUUCUCUACAACAGAGCCGUCCUAAAAAGCCUACUGCUUUAAGAUGGCGGCUGUCAUUUUGCAUCUAGUUAUAUCUAUAUACAGUACAUGGUGUAUCUACCAUGUCUACCAUAUCUACCAUAACAUGCGGGCGUAGUUUGUCCGGCUAUCGGCUACAACAUGUAUUAUUGGAGCUACCUAGCAUCGCGUUUGCUCGGCGUCACAACUUUCUUGCCUCCUCCCCGCUCCUGCUCUGCUCUGUCGUCUCGGAAUUGGGACCAAGUUUCAUGCUCAUCAACAAGGAUUUUUUCAUCUUGGAGAGCAGUUGAUUUUGGACCUGUACUACCUUCAACACCACUUCCAGCAGCAGCAUAUUCAACAACAUAACAAAAAUCUUUAUGAACUUUAAAAACAUUAAUAGUAGUCAUGCUUAUAGUUAAGGAUGUAUACAGUAAAAAUUUACAGUUCAAUAUAACGACCUGCAGUAGUUCUGCUGCUGGCGUUUAAGAAGUCUUUUUACUCUUGUUUGACAGUCAAGAAUGUUACUUAACAUUGUGUAUAAAGUUAAUAAAGGCAAUGGUGGAGACAGUUUAACUAUCAUUCAUAUUUCCUGAACAUUCCAAUUAGGCAUGUGCCUGUAUGAGAUUCUGACAGUAUGAUAACUUUAACCAAAAAUAUCACAGUAUUGCAAUUACAACUCUAAAAUGUAUUACUUUGACAUAUAUGAUUUUUUUUUUUAAUUCAGUUGAACAGGAUUUUUAGUUUUCAAAAAAUAAAAAGCACGUGUGUAUGACUCAUAUCAUGUUUAUAUUAUACGUACACUCUUUCUCAACACAGACAGUUGCCAGAGAGAAAAACCAAAUGUUUUACCAACGCUAGACACACUAAACAUGCUGGAGUCAACUCUUGUAGCUGGUAGCAAAAGGUUAUGAUAGUGUUUACGAACCUUUAAUUUUGUAUAAAUGUGAAAUCAUAUUGGAGGUAUUGCCUCCUCAGCAGCCACCCUCCGCAAACAUGUUUUACAUGUCGGUUGGCCUUCCUCCUCUAAGCCACGGCCGUCAGUAACUUUUCUGUAGCCGAAGUAUUACCAUACCAGUGAUUUUAUUUUCUUCGAUGGAGGGAAAAAGUUCAGGAGUUUCUCCUCCUCCAGGCAUUGUGUAGCACAGCUGACUCACUGACACUGAUCAACAACCAGUGGUGGAGCAUUGAGCCUUGCAUCUGCAAGUGAGGGAUUUCUCCCUACAUUUAUGGUACAUAAAAAAUUAAUACCAUAGGGAUGGUAUGACAGAUUUUUUUUUUUUUUUUUGCGGUUUUGAAACUGCGACGUAUUUAUACCACGGUAUAACUUGAAACCUGUAAUCGGCACAUGCCUAAUUCCUAUGAAUAUGAAUGUGUUUCAACCAAAGAGAUUGCUGAGUGAUUUCUGAAAGACAAGCUAUUUUUUUGGAAUUGCACUCUGAAAAUUGUGGAGGAACAUGUUCUUUAAAAUUGAAAAGUUACCAGGCUACUUCUGCUCUGUAGUCUGGCAACCGGAGUAAACUACCUUAUUUGCUUCCAUUUAGUUAAAUUUAGCAAUAUUAAGGGCAUUUUUCUAAAAUCUGUGACUUAGUGAAACAGAAAAAGACUUUAGAAUAAAUUUAACAAAAUAGUUCAAUAAGAAAAUUGUCAAAUUUCGUGUUUCCUUCACGUUGAAACGAUAGUCCUAACAAUUCCUACAGUCCAUGAAAGCAGCGGCACAUACAUCGAGAGGGCGUUCCACCUUGCUUCCACUACCGUUCACUUGAACGCACCGUGGAAACAAAUCACUUGCAUCUUUUCGAACUCAGCUUCGACCUCGUUGGAACCCGAACCACCUGGCCGCUAGCUUCCCUGGCUUGUGCCCAGUGACGACACCGUGGUUCGGCGAACGCCACGCAACUGCAACGAUAGUGACAUUGUUUAAAGACAUGCAGCCUCCCAGCAGAGGAAUCAGCCACUGCCUGGACCAAGAUCUCCAGAUUGCUGAAGGAGAGCAAAUAAUAGAGCAUCCAAGGACAUUCAGAGUGGGACACUCAAGUCAGCAGAGCAUGAGGACGGUCUUAUCAUACAGACAUGCUCCAGGAAUUGAAGCAGCAAAUGGUGGUGUCCAAAAUGAUGUCUUCGUUCUUAAGCCUAGCAAAGAGGAGAAUAGGACAUUGGUGAUCUCGGGCAAAAAGCACCUUCCCAUCUAUCCUCCAGGAAGCCAGGAAGAACAAUGGCAACUCCAAAUCACCGCAAGAGGCCGAGUGAACUGUCCAAAAUGUAACAGUGUGAGCAGGAAGACUGUGGAAGGUCUCAAGAAGCACAUGGACAACUGCAGCCUGCAAGUGUUUACAUGCCAACACUGUGGGAAGCAGCUCAAAUCUUCCCCGGGGAUGAAGUAUCACAUCAUGGCUGACCAUAGCAACCCGCCUACAACAGACCACAUUCAGACCUCGGACAAGCGUGCCAUCAAGGAUAAACUCAGGAAAAUCCUCAGACUGUUGGGCAAAGUCAAAUGCUCCAAUGCGGGCUGCACGGCUGCGUUCAGCAGCAUCAUGGGAUAUAUUUACCACAUGAAAAAGUGUGGCAAGGAGCAGGCUGAGCUGGACAAGAUGUUGCUAAGCUGUUCACACUGCGGGAAAAUAUACAAGUCCAAAUCUGGCUUGAACUACCACCUCAAGUCCGAGCAUCUCCCAGUAGGUCUUCCGCAGCUAGAUGGGGCAGCGGAGGAAGUUAUUAGAGUUCGCCGUGCCUCAGCAGUGCUGGCAAAGCGUCACAUGACAGAGUUAGCCAACAAGCUGUGUGAAGAUUGGCCAAAGAGGACCUUUCAGUCAGACUUGGUGCCUGAUGAAAAAAAGUUGAAAUACACACGACCCAGCCUGCCGGCCUUUAGCCAGGAGCUACUGACAAAGUGGAGGAACGAAGUGAAGCUGCACAGGAAGAUCUACUGUCCUAAUCAGGGUUGUGGGUGCGAAUACACCACCGUAUCUGGACUAAAGACUCACCUUGGACACUGUACAAUGAGCGACUAUGAGGUGGGAAAGUAUCGAUGUUUGCUCUGCGCCAAGGAGUUUCAUUCUGAGAGGGGCGUGAAAUAUCACAUUAACGCCGCGCACUCUGAGGAUUGGUUUAUGACCAACAAAAAGGCUUCUGUGAAGUUUCUGAAAAACAAGCCAAGAGAGACGAUCUACCAUGCAGAGCAGAAGAAUAUGGAGCACUAUGAUCAUCCUCACCAACAAACGCAACACCUCAACACUCCUCUCUGCACUCAAGUAGAGCGUUCGCCAGGGCCUGAGUGGCAAGCGCCGAUUGAAAUUGAGGACGCCGACAAAAUGGCGGAGGGGAACCGAAGGGAGCAUGAGGAAAGACAGGCAUAUGAUUUCGAGCAAAGUUGACGACAUAAAUCAGUGAUCCGGUGAAAUCAAAGGUGGUUGGGCUAGACCAAGUUCCACACAGAGGACGCGAAGAGACUAAAAAUGAUGUAAAAAAUAAUAAAGUCAGGAAGGUGAGAGAUUAUUACAAAUACAA